AUGGCCAAACAAGUUCCGCAGAUAGGGAUGACGGCGACACUUAUCGACCAGGGCUUGUCUUUCUUCAUGUCCUACUACUGCACUGGUAUAGACCAGCCUCCUGUACAAUCGGACGCUUUCCAAAAGCAUCUCUCUACACACGGCUUCCAUCCACUUGUCGCCACGUCCAUGACAGCCCUGGGUAUCGCUGGAGUUGCAAACCUGCAUAUGGAUCCAGGGCUCAAGCGCGAGGCCACACGAUGGUACCUAAAUGCCAUCAAGAUGAUCAACAAGGCGCUUUCGUGUCCUAGUGAUGCCAAAUCAGACAGCACCCUUACCUCCGUGAACCUCCUCGGGGUGUUCGAGGCUACAUUUAACGACAAGUCGGCCCUUGAGCUGGAUACUGUUGCAGCCGAUAUAUUCAAAGACCAAGGGCCAGAAUGGACUUACGAUGUGAUCCGUUGUGCGAAACGAGAAGACGUAUUUGAAGACUUUUACCAUGUCUACCCGACCGCUACGACAGCUCAGACAUGGAACUGGGUGCGUUACAACAGAAUCUACUUCCACGACAUCAUUCGAAAUGGUAUCUUGGCAGGCUUCGCAGCCACUCCACCGACGCUCGUUGGAUGCAAGUAUCACAAGCAGCUAGAGAUCAGCACACGUACACUAUACAAGCUGCAGUCCGACAUUAUAGCAAGUAUGCCGCAGUUCUUGCACGACGUUCCCGGUGUUGUACCGAAUACGACAACGGACCGGAUGGGUGACGCACCUGUACAUGUGCCCACUUCCGGGGAACCAAGACCAUCUUCCACACCGUCUGGAGGCUAUCAGACCGUCCUCAAAUCACUCGAUCGGAACUUCCGCGGUGACGCAAUCAGUACCUUUGGAAGUCUUGUUGGAAAUGGAUCGACAGAGUCUCGGCUUCCCAUUGUUCGUGUCGCAGGCGGCUAUUCCACCGUAUGGGCACUCUAUGUCGCCGCCGUUAUGCAAACAGCCUCGCCUGAAAGUCAAGACUUUGUGCACAACUGUAUGACGCGCAUCGUGCGAGAAUUCGGCAUCAAUCAAGCAAAGGUGCUGUCAGAUGCGCUCUUGGUCAAGAGGCGAUUGGCGAAUGAAGGCGCUGUAGGGCUUAGCAUUUGUCCGCAGUACCUUCCUCCAUCUGGGGGGCCAUAUAUUCCCUCUCCAGGGAUAGAGAGUGAAAUUGUCGAAAUUACCGAAGAGUGGCCGCAGACACAGAUCUACGAUUUCCAGUGA